AUGAAGCGUCGAAGGGAGGAACUAAAGUGUCCAUCUAAUGAGGAGCUUGUAACUCUUAUAUGCGAACCAGCAGGUGAGGUCACGAAUGCUAACGGAAAGAUCACGGUCCAACACCUCUGUCCCCAUCCAUAUUGCAAUCACAAGAGUGGUAUCAACCUGAUUGGUCGUCAGAAAGGAAAAAGCUACGCCAGUGUCAUCAACCACCUCAAAGCUUGUAUCGGUCGAUACGACAUUGAAGAUCUCUACAACUUGUAUACACACAUCAAGGAACACCCGCAAGGCAGGAAGGAGAUCUUGAAGGCAUUCAGAGCGGACGUAAUCGCCAGGAUGAAACCGAAUUCUGGUGAAAUAGUAGAACAAGAACAUGUUCAGCAGCGACGAAAGCAUUAUGAACUUCUAUCUGCUUCAGAGUUGCAAGACGUCAACUCAUCGAUAGAGCAUAUAUGUAUGAUAGGGGUCAAGAAUCGACAUGAUGAGAGGAGACGGAAGCAGUUUAAAACGACGCACAAAAAGCUCCUGGAAAAGGAACACUCUCUACCAUUGGAUGCUCCUCCGGUGAAUCCGUUUGGGCCUCCACAGCAUCCAGACAACAAUCUGUUUGCUGAGGAUAUAAGGCUGUAUGGAAAGCACGAAACCAAGCUUUUUAGAGAAAUACCAGACACUGCUUCGCCCAUGGAAGCUUGGCCCCGUAGAGAAAAACACAAACUACAUUGGAAGAAAAAAGACAGAAUGUUUGAUGAUAAGGCAUGGGAUGUUGAACAUGGAGAUACGAUAAACCCAAUAGCUUUUACGACUGCUCGACUCUCCCAGAAAGUACCGAGUGCUGCUGAUCAAGGAUCGAUGAACGGAAGUAACCUGCUGGUUGAAACCACAAAUGUUGGAUUGCAUGAGACUCAAGUACCCCGAGCUCUACUACUUCGCUGUUGGGAGCGAGCGGUUCAUGCAUCAAGUUGUAUGGCAUCAAUACCCAAAUAUGAUGUAGAAGCGACUGCAGUUCCUUUUUCUGCGCCAUGGGGCAGUCAGACACCAAGCAGUAACCUUGACGCACAGUCGUUAUACAAUAUCGUACAAGAGCAAGCUGCUCGCUCGAAAAAGGAAUCGAGGGAGAAGAUGAAGGCACUUGGCAUGGGCAACAACUUUCUCAAAAGAGCUCUCUUGGAUCUGACCUGCUCUGUCUGUUCGCGUCAAUUUGACGAUCGUGCGCCGUUGGAAAGUUGUUUCUUUGGCGGUGUCGAAGCGAAUGGACCCGAAACAGGCUUUCGAGGAUGUUGCUGGAGUCUCAUCAAGGAGAAGCAAUUCUCAAAGAUAAAAUCUGCACUGGAGACCCAUGUGCAGACACAGGUGACUGGUGCACUAAACUGUAUCAUGAAACAAGCGCAGGAAAGAGUGCCAGAUCAAUCCGGCAGAGAUGAAAUGCGGCUAUUCAAUUGGUAUGAUGUUUUGAAGUUUUUAGAAGGAUCUAUGACAUCGUCGCAAACGUUUACAGAGGCGAAAAUAGAGAAAGGUGUAACAUCUGCUUUAGAAACUUUGGAGGUGCAACCUAAAUCUACCCCAAUUUUCUUGAAUCCUGCUGUCCUGGAAUCAGUGAGGAAUCGUUUGGUAGAUCGCUAUGCAGACAUUCCAUACUAA